AUGUGAGUUGGUUGCAUAUUGAAGUGCUUUAUUGAAUACUAAGUGGAGUUCCCGUGUCAAGAGGACACAAGUCACUCCGCCUAACUAGAAUCAGCCUGCGUUUUUAUAAAGUAUCCGUGUAAACAAAAGUGUUAGAUCCGAGUAGAAGAUAGCACAUCAACCCUAGAAAGUGCGAACAUGUUAUCCUUUUCCAAGAUUGUGCCGAUUUAUUGAUCUUUACUGCAGAAUCUAGUCAGACUUACUUGCAGUGGUUGCAUUGAUUUGAGGCUCAGAUGGAAGCUGCACAGCUCGUGCAAGACUUCAACACACAGGUGGCCCUUUACCGCGAACUGGUCAUUUCCAUUGGAGAUGCCUCGGUGGACUCUCCCUCCCUGCGAGCCGAAAUGCAGAAGACUCGGACCAAAGGUUGCGAGAUGGCACAGACCGCACAUCAAAAACUCUCCGCAAUCUCCGGGCAGCCAGGUUUAUUGGGCCUUAGGAAACUUGGCAGCUUAAAGGGGACAAGAGGGGCUGGAUUCCUGUGUGCUGAAGAUGGGGAAAUCCAUCCUGAAAUCUGCAGGCUUUACAUCCAGCUUCAGUGCUGCCUGGAGAUGUACACAACAGAAAUGUUGAAAUCAGUCUGUCUACUAGGGUCCCUUCAGCUUCAUCGGAAAGAAAUGGACUGCUUGAUAGCUCCCAAGGUAAUAGACGUCAAACAGGAAGAGAGUUCUCAAGCUCCAAUUUUAGAAGAUCCACCAACUUCACCACUCCAAGAUCUUCAACCGUAUUCAUGGCAUGUUUCCGCAGAUAUAGAAAAUACAGAAAGGUUAGUAAACAUCUCCAUUAAAAUUAUGUUGUUCCGUUCCUUCUAUACUUUAUAUUUUUUGUUUUUUUACAGAGACAUACGAGAAAUGAAAAAUCUUCUAAGCAAACUCAGGGAAACUAUGCCUUUGCCAUUGAAGAACCAAGAUGAUAGCAGCCUCCUCAACCUGACUCCAUAUCCACUAGUGAGAAGGAGGAAACGAAGGUUCUUUGGACUUUGCUGCCUUGUGUCAAGCUAGGAUACCUAACACAAAACUGAAAGCAAAAAUAAUUCUGGGUAUUAAGUUCUUCAGAAUAAAUGUUUAUGGUGAGAAGAUAUUUUCCCCUCACUACUUCCUACUGUUUAUUGUAAAUAUUGUUUUAUUUUUGCUGUACAGGAUGGCAAUUUUGUAUUUUUACUUUUCUCUGAAGAAUUUUUUUGAAAAUUGGUACCUGUGUACCCAUGGAUUCCACAGCAGUGUUAUGCUUGAAAUACAAUUUAAACUGAUUUUCACAAGCUGAAUUAUUAAAAGAUUAUUUUUUGUAAAUAAAAAA